AUGGGCCCCUCAGAGAAAGCUGCAGAGUUCGAUGUGGUGGUCGGAACUCCGGUCAAGUACUUCUUGCUGGGCGAGGAUGAGACGGCUCUACGAUCUUGGGAAGAGGCCAAGCGUAGCUGCAUCGAAACAACGCUGAAACGACUGGAUGCCGACGGCACUCUUGACGAGAUUGCGCCGACCUUGCAGACAUCGGCCCCGAUUCUCGUCACCGGGAGUUCUGGAUAUCUCGGCUCGGCAUUGAUCCGGACACUACGAUCGCGUGGAAUUAAGGCUGUGGGGAUGGACCUCGUCUCUGCUGAAACGACCGAUUGCCUCGGCUGUGUAUCAGAUGCAGCUGCUGUGGCCGCGGCAAGCGAGGCAUGCAGAUCCAUCAUUCACACGGCGGCGCUCCAUGCGCCUAACCUCGACUUCUACAAAGAUGCCGAUUUCGAGCGGGUGAAUGUUGUCGGCACCGAGAACGUCAUGCAGCGGGCGGAUGCUCAGCAGAUGGUCGGGGUGGUAUUUUCCUCGACGACAUCCUUGAUGAACACGGCUGAGGUGAAAAGGCGAAGUGCAGCAGAGACCGUUGUCCUCAAGGCUUCCGUGGAUUACGGCACACCGAGGAAUAUCUACGGCGUCACGAAGAAGCGAGCAGAACUCCUCAGCCAAGGAAGCUACAAGACGCCCAUCGCUAUUCUGAGAUGCAGCCGCUUCUUCGCAGAGGAUGCGUAUGACACCUCCGUCGACAAGACGCACCGCAGCAGUGCCGGGUCGAAUGGAAACAUCAAGGCGAAUGAGCUCCUGGCGGGGACCCGUGCAUCGCUGGAGGACAUGAUCAUGGCACAUUUGCUUGCUUUGGCCCACCUGGCAAAUGCUCCGACCACCCAGCGCGAAAUUCUGGGGCCGUUGGUGGUAUCUGCCGCCUCCCCGUUGCUGCAGGACGACGGCUGCAUGCCUGAACCGACUGAUGCUGUGCGUCGGCUCUAUGUGAAUCUGGGCUGGUCUCUGCCCGAGCGCUUCGGGAAGAUCAUCGACUCGCGCGAGACGUGGAAACGACUGGCCUGGCAGCCUCGUUGGUCGAUGGAGCGGCUCCACAGCGACAUUGAGAAGAAUGUGAACCGCGAGCUCAUUGAGUCGGGAAGCAUGCCUGAGCAAGUUCGUGGCGAGGAUACCGCUGAAGCGCCGCAGGCUCUCGUGAAUGCAGUGGAAGUUGUCAUUUUGACAACAAGCCCCAUGCAUAACCAUGGUGAAAGCUUCGACUUUGACGAGGAGCGAGGGUGGUUGGACACCAAGCCUUACUCUUCCGAGGUGGAGUCUGACUUCACGGAAUGUUCUGUGGAGGAAGCCCGCGACCCUUACAAUGGCAGCCUCGAUCCUCACUCCAUUCAGAACUCUCUGGAGCAAGCCCUGGAGCCGUUCCUAGAGAACUGGAUUGGGAUCCUGACGGCGAUGGAUGCCACCAGCCCAGAUAUUUUCCGCGGGAUCCCAGUGUAUCGGGCGCUGCAGCGCGCACCUCGAAAGUGGGCGCAUGGGGACUACGAGGGCAUGCAUGCUCUUAGCCUGAAGACGACGUAUGUUCACGAGUUCUGGUCCCACAGCUGGCGAACGAAGGAAUGGCUGAAGUAUCUGAAUAUACUGUUCCUGAACAACAGCUUUCCAGCCUCCGUUUUUGGCACGAUGUGUGCCCUUCUAGCAUUGUUCUUGAGCUUCACUGGGCUUUUGCCGGUUUGGGCAGGCGACAACACGGGAUAUAUUUGGUGCACUCCGGCUGGCAUACUUGGCUACUACACGGCUUUAGUGCUCUGGAGGUCAAAGAAGCUGGCUUUCCUCGAUAUUGCCUGCAUAAAUCAGACGGAUGCCCGCUUAAAAGCAGAGGCCCUGGUCAGCAUGGGUGCUUUCCUGAAAAAGUCCCAGUCGCUCCUGGUUCUUUGGGAUGUGUCUUACGUGUCAAGGUUGUGGUGCGUGUUUGAGAUGGCGGCAUUUCUGCACAGUAAGGGGCCGGAGGCAGCGACGCGUCUUCAGGUGUGUCCAGUCUUCGUCGGCCCAGCUUUCUUGGCAGGGCAUUUGGGUUUGAGCGUGCUCCUCUUCGUCUACCUCUGGCCAUCUGGUCGCAACUUCCAUUCUUUCCCUGGGCUGGCCUCAUUCUUGGCGGCCUCGCCCUGCCUUGCCUGGGGCUACUGGCCGACAUGGUCCUUGCACACUGCCGGAGCAUCGAGAUGA